GCAGGCGCAGUGCGUCCUUCACGGGCCGGCUUGCUGCUGGGCGCUCCUCCUCGUUUCUCUGGGUGUUAGCUAACCUGUGAAACAAGGAAGAUGGUGCUGGAUCUGGAUUUGUUUCGGGUGGAUAAGGGAGGGGAUCCAGCCCUCAUUCGAGAGACGCAAGAGAAGCGUUUCAAGGACCCCGGGCUCGUGGACCAGCUGGUGAAGGCGGACAGCGAGUGGCGACGAUGUAGAUUUCGGGCAGACAACUUGAACAAACUGAAGAACUUAUGCAGCAAGACGAUUGGUGAGAAGAUGAAGAAAAAAGAGCCAGUGGGAGAUGAUGAGUCUGUUCCGGAGAAUGUGUUGAACUUUGAUGACCUCACUGCAGACAAAUUAGCUACCCUGAAAGUCUCCCAAAUCAAAAAAGUCCGACUUCUGGUCGAUGAAGCCAUCGUAAAGUGUGAUGGUGAGCGGAUCAAGCUGGAGGCCGAGCGGUUUGAGAGCCUCCGAGAGAUCGGGAACCUUCUGCACCCCUCUGUGCCCAUCAGUAAUGAUGAGGACAACGAUAACAAAGUCGAGAGGAUUUGGGGUGAUUGUGCAGUCAGGAAGAAGUACUCUCACGUGGACCUGGUGGUGAUGGUGGAUGGCUUUGAAGGCGAAAAGGGAGCUGUGGUGGCUGGGAGUCGAGGGUAUUUCCUGAAGGGGCCCCUGGUGUUCCUAGAACAAGCACUCAUCCAGUUUGCACUCCGCACUUUGGGAAGUCGAGGCUACACACCUAUUUACACCCCAUUUUUCAUGAGGAAAGAAGUCAUGCAAGAGGUGGCUCAGCUCAGCCAAUUUGAUGAAGAACUGUAUAAGGUGAUUGGCAAAGGCAGUGAGAAGUCUGAUGACAACUCCUAUGAUGAGAAAUACCUGAUUGCCACCUCAGAGCAGCCUAUUGCUGCCCUGCACCGGGACGAGUGGCUGCGGCCGGAGGACCUGCCCAUCAAGUAUGCUGGCCUGUCCACCUGUUUUCGCCAGGAGGUGGGCUCCCACGGCCGUGAUACCCGAGGCAUCUUUCGAGUGCAUCAGUUUGAGAAGAUUGAGCAGUUUGUGUACUCGUCACCUCAUGACAACAAGUCCUGGGAGAUGUUUGAAGAGAUGAUUGCUACUGCAGAAGACUUCUACCAGUCUUUGGGAAUCCCUUACCACAUUGUGAAUAUUGUCUCAGGCUCUUUGAAUCACGCUGCCAGUAAGAAGCUGGACCUGGAGGCCUGGUUUCCAGGCUCAGGCGCCUUCCGUGAGUUGGUCUCCUGUUCUAAUUGCACUGAUUAUCAGGCUCGCCGCCUCCGAAUCCGAUACGGACAGACCAAGAAGAUGAUGGACAAGAGAAAGAAUAAUCUCCGUUUACCUACACAGAUCAAGUUGGAGGCAGUGUCUUCCCUCUUUUCGCCCAAGAAGGUGGAGUUUGUCCACAUGCUCAAUGCGACCAUGUGCGCCACCACUCGGACCAUCUGCGCCAUCCUGGAGAACUACCAGACAGAAAAGGGCAUUAUUGUGCCAGAGAAGUUGAAGGAGUUCAUGCCACCAGGACUCCAAGAACUGAUCCCCUUUGUGAAGCCCGCACCCAUUGACCAGGAGCCAUCCAAGAAGCAGAAGAAGCAGCAUGAGGGGAGCAAGAGGAAGGUGGUAGCGGGAGAGGUCGCCUUGGAAAGCAAGCUGCAGAGCAUGGAGGUCACUGACGCCUGAACAUUCCUCGCUGCAGAUCCGCCAGGCUUCCUGUGUGUCGGCCAGGACCUUGGGACCUACCCGGAGCAGGGAGUCCCAGCGUUGCUCCUUGCCAUGCCUGUGUGACUGCCCAGCCGGAGGGAACCCAUCUGCCCUGUGCCGUGCAGGUGUCUUCCUCUUGUUGGGCUGAGGGUCUUCUCAUUAAUGACUGGCGAAACCAUGCAAUAAAGCAUCUCUGGGGAGGGCGUGAGACUUCUUCGGCCUCCUCCCCAGGCUUGAACCCCUUCCCACUGGGACUGAA